UUGACGAAUACGGCAAUUAGUGUUACUCAAAUUGGUACGGCAGACGUCAUGCAACAACUGUUUCAAGGUGAUAUCCAAGGAAAAGGAUGGGAUUAUCAUCGUACGGCUCGAAUGGCAGCCAUUGGAUUUGUGAUGGGACCGAUGCUUCACGGCUUUUAUCGCAUCUUGGAUUCGAGGUCAUUUCGUGGUGGACGGCAAAAAGUCGUCCUAAAAAAACUUUGUUGUGAUGCCAUUUGUAUGCCGAUAUUCUCAUGCACAUUCAUAACAGUGGGCGGUCUUCUGGAAGGAUCCUCAUUUUCAACAGCAUUCUCAGAGUAUAGAAAAAAGAUGUGGCAUAUUUUCAAGGUGGACGUGUCAAUUUGGCCACCAGCACAAUUAAUUUCAUUCUGGUUUUUACCGCCGUCGGUUCGGGUUAUUUAUGUGAAUAUUGUAUCAUUGAUGUAUAAUUGUAUUAUGUCGUAUAUAAAAAAUAAUGACGUCACUGAAAUUAAAAAAUCAAUAUAA